ACCGAAAAAUAUGCGAAAAGUGAUAAUUGAUAACAAUGGUGAACACACUUUCCGGGUAGGAUUCAACCACGAUUUAAGAAUUAAGGCCGAUAUUUUAAUUUUAAGUGAAAUCUAUCUCUUUACUUGUUCAUUAUGAAACCUUUAAUGUUGCAAGGGCACGAGCGUGCCAUUACUCAAAUUAAAUACAACAGAGAGGGUGAUUUAUUGUUCUCGUCUGCUAAGGACGUAACACCAAACGUUUGGUAUUCUUUGAACGGAGAGCGUCUUGGUACGUACAUUGGCCAUACUGGAGCUGUAUGGUGUAUUGACGUCGAUUGGAAAACCACAAAAUUUUUGUCCGGAGCUGCUGACAACACCUUAAGGCUUUGGGAUGUUGCUACCGGUGUGGAAAUUGGUAAUAUUAGUAGUAAUUCUGCUGUGCGUACAUGCUCAUUCAGCUAUUCAGCUGAUCUCGCCAGCUACUCAACAGAUCAGGCUAUGAAACAAGAUUGUGAAAUUUUUAUAGUGGAUGCUCGAGAUGAUGAAUCUUUUAAAAGCAGCGCCCCAAUUUUGAGAAUGACUGUGCCAGAUUCCAAAGUGACAUCUUUAAUUUGGGGUACAUUGGACCAUACAAUCAUUACUGGACAUGAAGAUGGUGCUAUUACUCAGUGGGAUUUAAGAACUGGAAAGAGCAUAGAAUCUGUUAAAGACCACCAAGGAUCGAUCAACGACAUGCAAAAGAACCGACAAGGUACUAUGUUCGUUACUGCAUCAAAAGACAAAACCUCAAAGUUAUUUGAUGUUGAUGAUUUAUCGGUCCACAAAGUUUAUGUGACUGAACGGCCCGUCAACAGUGCUUCGCUUUCACCUACAUAUGAUCAUGUGGUGUUGGGUGGUGGUCAAGAUGCUAUGGAUGUAACAACAACAGCAGCACAAGCAGGAAAAUUCGAUGCCCGAUUCUUUCAUGUAAUUUUUGAAGAAGAAUUUGCAAGAGUAAAAGGUCAUUUCGGUCCAAUAAAUUCUUUAGCUUUCCAUCCAGAUGGUGAAAGUUUCAGUACUGGCGGAGAAGAUGGUUUCAUUAGGGUACAAUCAUUUGAUCCAACUUACAAAGAAUUUAGAUUUGACUAUUGAUUAUUUUUUCUACUGUCUGUCAAUAAUUAAAAAACAAAAAAAAAUUUCUAAUAAAAUAUUUAACAUCAA